UCUCUCUCUCUCUCUCUCUCCUGUGUACCACUGAGUUUAAAUGGUUGCGUGAAGGAGAAGUCUGGUAUCUUGGUGUUUUUUCUUGAGAGAUUACACAUCUUACACUUAUAAACAGUUGUUGUAUGUCUUCUUGAGAAUGGCAAAGAAAGAUCAGAUCCACCAAAAUCAGAAAGAGAAAGAGAGAGUUCAAGCUGUACUUGACCUCCUCAGGAAACAAGCUCCACUUACUCUCAAACAGGAGAAGUUCUGCAACUAUGCUUGUGUUGAGAGGUUUCUGAAAGCCAAAGGUGAUAGUGUGAAGAAAGCUGCAAAACAACUCCGAGCUUGUCUCACAUGGAGAGAGAGUAUUGGCACUGACCAUUUGAUAGCUGAUGAGUUCUCUGCUGAGCUCGCCGAAGGCCUUGCCUACGUUGCCGGCCAGGAUGAUGAAUCCAGACCCGUCAUAGUUUACUCGUUUGCUAGUGUUUACACUGGAAGUGGCAAUUCAAACAAUGCAUAG